UUACAUGGGAAAGUUUCCAUAAAAAUUUGUUGCAAAUCGAAUGAUUCGAAUUCUUUCUUUUUCGCUAAAAUUACGGUAAAAUUAUGGACAAUCAAAAAUCAUCUCUUCGUGUGAUAAAUAAACUUAAUGAUGAUAUUGUUAGGAAAAUUUGCGCUGGUGAAGUUAUUCAUCGACCAUUGAAUGUUGUAAAAGAAUUGGUUGAAAAUAGUUUAGAUGCUGGCGCCACAAUGAUAACGAUUACAUUGAAAAAUGGUGGAUUAGAUCUGAUCCAGAUUCAAGACAAUGGCUGCGGUAUUAAUAAAGAAGAUCUCAGAAUUGUGUGUGAUCGAUUCACCACAUCAAAACUCAAAAGUCUUGAUGAUUUUAAUUCACUGUCCACUUUUGGAUUUCGUGGUGAAGCCCUGGCAUCGGUAGCUGUUGUUGCUCAAGUUACUAUCAUAAGUAAGACGAAAGAUUCAAUGUGUGCCUUUAAAGCCGAGUACGUAGAUGGUCAUUUGAAAAAUUCAUCAUCCCCAAUAGUUCCGAUUGCGGCUAAUGAUGGUACAUUAAUUCAAGUGGAUAACAUUUUCUACAAUAUGCCAACCAGAAAGGCUGCACUUUCAAGCGAAAAUCAGGAAUAUAAUUUUGUACAGGAUUUGAUUGUUCGAUAUUCACUAAUUUUUUCUGAAAAAUGUGGCUUCAUUUUUAAAAAAUAUGAUGAAAAUAGCCAUGUUUUGAAUACUAAACCAUCGGCUACUUUGUUUCAAAAUAUCGAUCAAAUAUUCGGAAAGAAAAUUUCAUCGAAUCUCAUAUCGAUGGAUAUCGAUGAUGAAAAAAUGGAAUUUAAAGUCCAUGGUUAUUUCACCAAACAAAAUAUCAGUCUCAAACGAUUCACGUUCAUUUUGGCCAUCAACUCAAGAUUAGUUGAAUGUGAACCAUUGAAAAAAUCAAUAAAAGAUUUGUACAAAGAAUUCUUGAUGACCGAUGGCCACCCAUUUGUGAUUAUUUGGAUUGAAAUUAAUCCUAAAAAUAUCGAUGUCAAUAUCCAUCCAAACAAAAAUGAAGUCUGUUUUCUUCAUGACAAUGAAAUUAUUUCGAAAAUCAUUGAAUUUAUUCGUGGAAAAUUAGAAAACAAACCAGAAAAUGAUGUAAUAAAGAAUACAUCUGGUGCCCAUAUGGACAUUUCCUUUGUUCGAAGUCAGAAUAUUGAUAAUGGUAGAAAACAAGUAGAUAAUCUUGAAUUGGCUGAUACAUCGAAAAUUUCUACUUGGUCAAUCAAAUCAUUGGAUCAAUCUAAAAAAUCAAACUUUCCAUCCGAAAGGAUCGAUAAUUCCCAACAAUCUUCUCAAAUGCUACCAAUUGAUAACAAAUGCGAAGAUAUCCCAGUAAAAGAUAUUGAAACACUGCCACGACCGGUAUCAAAACCCAAAUCAUCCAAACCAAAUCGAAUUUGUAGAAUCGAUUCAGCAAUUCAGCGCAUGCAAAGCUAUUUACAAAGAGAAGUUUCCGAACAUGGGUCGCGACGAAGACGUCGAAUUGAACUGACGAGUUUAGACAAACUGAUGAAGGAUUUUAGAGAAACGAUCGAUCUGGAUCUAGUCGAAAUGUUAGCAGAAUCAACCUAUGUUGGUUGUCUUGACGAAAAUUUUCUUUUAAUUCAGCAUGAGCUUGAUUUGAUCAUGUUGAAUAUGCCCAACUUGAAUCGUGAAUUAUUCUAUCAAAUUUAUCUAAUCGAAUUUGGAAAUUUCGAUUAUUUUCGUUUCAAGCAACCUUUAUCGAUUCGAACAUUAUUAUCGACAUAUCUUGAAGUGAAUCCUCCUAGCAUAGAUACUGAUUGUACAGCUGCCAUUGAAAAAAUGGUUCAAACUCUCAUUAGUAAAUAUGAAAUGCUCGAUGAUUAUUUCUCCAUAAGAAUCAAUAAGGAUGAUGCCACCAUUGAAUCAUUGCCUGUGAUGAUUGCGAAAUAUGAACCAAAUUAUAUCUAUCUGCCUGAGUUUAUUCAUGGUUUGGCUACAAACGUCGAUUGGAAGCAAGAAAAAAAUUGUUUCAAAACAUUGGGACAAGAAUUGGCUCGAUUCUAUAGUUAUGCUCCAUCUUUAUCAAAUAAAAACGAUGUUGAAUUUCGUGCCUGGUCUGAUCUUGUCGAAACUCAAAUCUAUUCAAGAUAUAAAAAAUUACUAUCACCAACCAAAUCAUUAUCUGAGGGUACAAUUUAUGUAAUAGCUAAUGUUACCGAACUUUAUAAGGUUUUUGAACGAUGUUAAAAUGACAAGAUUUAUGUUUAUUUUCAUUAAAAUAUUAU